AAACGGGAUACUUGGUUGGCUGAGACCGGAGUGACUCUUGUAUUUUUAUGUACAGUACAGGUUGUCUUUCAUUUAGUCAAAGUUCUCCAUAUUUAUUUUCAUUUUUGCAGCGGACAAACAUUUCUGAAUUAUUUUAAGUUUAUCGAGCUUUUGACGAAGGGAGGCACGAGAACUAGAGAAGCUGUUUCUGCUUUUUUAACGUUUUCUGAGAUUUAAAAAAAAAAAAAAAAAAAAAAAAAAAAAAGCAAAAUGACUCAGUGGUAUCAGCUACAGCAGUUGGAGUCGAAAUAUCUGGAGCAAGUUGAUCAACUCUACGAUGACAGCUUUCCAAUGGAAAUUAGACAGUACCUAAGCCAAUGGAUUGAGAGCCAAGACUGGGAACUUGCAGCCACAAAUGACUCCCUGGCCACCUUGCGGUUUCAUGACCUGCUUUCACAAUUAGAUGACCAAUACAGUCGCUUUACACUGGAGAACAACUUCCUGAUGCAGCACAAUAUCCGGAAAAUAAAACGCAAUCUUCAGGUUCACUUUCAGGAAGAUCCGGUCCAGAUGGCAAUGAUCAUUUGCAACUGUCUGAAAGAAGAAGAGAAGAUAUUAGCCAUCGCCAAGAAAGCUGACCAGGACAACAUUGGGAGCACACAGAAUACUGCAAUGGUGGAGAAACAGAAGGAACUGGAUUACAAAGUGAGAGAUAUAAAGAACAGAGUUCAGGAAACAGAACAGAGGAUUAAGUCACUUGAGGACCUGCAAGACGAACAUGACUUCAAAUACAAAACUCUGCAGAGCAGAGAGCACGAAUCAAGUGGCACAACCCCAAUUGAAAUCAAACGUGAAGAAAUGAUCAUCAGAAACAUGUUUAUAGAACUGAACAUGAAAAGAGAGGAUGUAGUGUGUAAAAUAGCAGAAGCCUUGAAUCUCACAGAACAGAUUCAGACUGCCCUGAUAACAGACGAGCUUGUGGAGUGGAAACGUCGCCAGCAGAUAGCUUGCAUUGGAGGGCCUCCAAACGCAUGUCUGGACCAACUGCAGACUUGGUUUACAAUAGUGGCCGAGAGUCUGCAGCAGGUCCGACAGCAGUUAAAGAAGCUGGAGGAGCUGGAGCAGAAAUACACAUACGAGAAUGACCCAAUCACACAGAAGAAGCAUUUCCUGGAGGACAGAGCACAGCUGCUACUCCGCAGUCUAAUUCAGAGUUCUUUUGUGGUGGAGAGGCAACCCUGCAUGCCAACUCACCCUCAGAGACCCCUGGUCUUGAAGACCGGGGUGCAGUUCACUGUGAAGCUAAGGCUCCUGGUUAAACUGCAGGAACUGAAUUAUCAGCUUCGUGUUAAAGGAUCAUUUGAUAAAGAUGUGAAUGAGAAGAAUACUGUGAAAGGAUUCAGAAAGUUUAACAUUCUGGGGACCAGUACAAAAGUAAUGAACAUGGAGGAGUCAACAAAUGGAAGUUUAGCUGCUGAGUUCAGACAUCUGCAACUGAAAGAGCAGAAAAACACAGGAAGCAGAACCAACGAGGGUCCUCUCAUUGUGACUGAGGAGCUCCACUCCAUCAGCUUUGAAACACAGCUCUGCCAGCCCGGACUGGUAAUAGAUUUAGAGACCUCCUCUCUUCCUCUGGUGGUUAUCUCUAAUGUGAGCCAGCUUCCCAGUGGCUGGGCCUCCAUUUUGUGGUACAACAUGUUGACUAAUGAGCCCAAGAAUCUGUUCUUCUUCCUGACACCCCCUGCUGCCAGAUGGAGCCAGCUGUCCGAGGUUCUGAGCUGGCAGUUCUCUUCAGUCACCAAACGAGGGCUCAAUUCUGAGCAGCUCACCAUGCUGGGGGAGAAACUGCUGGGUCCUAAUGCUAGUAACCCCGAAGGCCUAAUUCCCUGGACAAAGUUUUGCAAGGUGGGAGAGAAUAUAAAUGAAAAAUCCUUCUGGUUAUGGAUUGAAGGGAUCCUGGAGCUUAUUAAAAGGCACCUUCUAGCACUGUGGAAUGAUGGAUGCAUCAUGGGGUUUGUUAGUAAGGAGAGGGAACGUGCUUUGCUGAAUAACAAAAGUCCUGGCACGUUCCUACUGAGAUUCAGUGAAAGCAGCAGAGAGGGGGCCAUAACCUUCACGUGGGUGGAAAUGUCACACAAUGAUGAACCUCAGUUCCACGCAGUGGAGCCCUACACCAAGAAGGAGCUGUCGGCUGUGUCAUUCCCAGACAUAAUCCGAAAUUACAAAGUGAUGGCUGCUGAGAAUAUCCCUGAAAACCCGCUCCGAUUCCUUCAUCCUAAUAUUCCCAAGGAUAAUGCUUUUGGAAAAUACUACUCUAGACCAACAGAGCCCUCAGAACCUAUGGAUGUGGAUAAUGAUAAAAGAAGUAAUGGCUACAUACCAACUGAAUUAAUCUCUAUAUCAGAAGUCCACCCCUCCAGACUUCAAUCACCAGAAAACCUGUGUCCCAUGUCCCCAGACGAAUAUGGUGAACUUGAGCGGAUUAUUAACCCUGCAGAAAUUAACACUGUGAUGUGUUCAACGUAUCCAAACUAAGUAUGGAAGUGCACCUGGAUAAAAGAUCACAAAGCGUUCAAACUCUGUAUUACCAGUGGAUUCUCAAAAUGACCACCAUAUUCCGUGUGAUAGCAUACUGUUUUCUAAAAACUGCUAUUCGAAAUUGCUCGCCUUAAAUAUAUUAGAAAGGGUUACUUGUUAUAUAUUCCAUAAAGUUUGAAAUGGCCGCUGCAUUACUGCCUUGAAAUUGUUGAGUAUCACUUUGCUUGGGCUGUAGACUGAGCUGUAGGAAAAGGUCUAUUCAUAAAAUAUUUUGUUGAAGAAACAGUACCCCUUCCCUUUGAAACAGUGUUCUAUAUACAAGGGCAAAUAAAAUGUCUGAAGUCAAAUUAUACAUAUAUGCAUGCAGUGUAAGUAUAGCCAAAUUGGCACCAAAAGAAAAACAUAUUUAAGUACACAUUCAAAGUUUGUUUGUAUAGCACUUUACCCACGAGUUGCUUUUUUAUGCCCAACUUCAUACUGGUUGUAAAUUAAAUGUGAAUGUCAACUCGUUGCUUUUUUAUGAAAUGGCUUAUUGUAUCUAUGUGCAUGUUAAUGUUUUAGAAAAAUAAAUUAUUGUUUCAGGAA